UAAUGUUUGUUGAUAAACCAUUAACUUUUUUGCACUUCCCAAUUCUAAAAAUGUUUAUGGGUUAAUUUCAAAAUCUUGAAAGAGAUAUAUCUGAAUGCUAACUAAAUUUUUAUUAUAAUUGAAGGAUAUGUUAUAUAACUUCCGUAUAGGGUAGUCCAAUAAUGUCCAAAACUCGAAUGCGCCCUAUUUUCGGGCAGACCCCUUCGUGCUCUAUAAAGCAUAGACUCGAAGAAAGAAGAAAUAGAAUAAAAGCUUUAAAGUUAGAGCAAAGUAGGAAGCCUGACAAACCCGAAGACUUCAUCACAUAUGAAGACAGCGAUAGUGAAGAAGAGCCAGCUUCUGUAGAGAACGAAAUACUACAUACUUCAUAUAAUUUUGUGGAUUAUGUACGCAACAGGGAAAUACAGAACUCGAAGAUUUCCUCUAUAGGAGGGGAUUACGGGAGUCGGCACAUCUUGACCCACGAAAUGUUCAAAGAAACAGCUAUAAGUUUAGGUAAUAUGAAUAAAGUGUUCUGUUCACAGUGGUUAAGUGACCGUCAGGUAGUUUUUGGGACAAAAUGCAACAAGUUAAUGGUAUAUGAUGUCGUAACACACAAGAUAGAUCAAAUACCUUCUUUAUUAAGCAAACGAGAUAUUUUGGGUAACGAGCAACAGCAAUGUGGCAUCCACUCUGUACAAAUCAACCCUUCUAGAACAUUAUUAGCUACAGGCGCCCGUAACACUUGUGAUAUAGCUAUUUAUAGGUUGCCAACAUUGGACCCUGUAUGUGUUGGCGAAAAUGCUCAUAGAGACUGGGUCUUCGAUAUGUGUUGGUUAGAUGACGAGUUUUUAGUUUCUGGUUCGAGAGACACUAAAAUGGCUCUGUGGAGAAUUACUCCGGAUAUGUUAGAAAAUAAACAAGAAGUUCCUAGACAUCGGCAUAUAUCUGCCAUAUCUGUCAAAGAUUGUCAAAAUUCUCAAAAGGUUAGGGCGUUGACUUUUAAUAAAAGAUAUGAAGAAAUAGCGGCGUUAAGUCUAAAUGGUUACAUCCAUAUUUGGAACGCAGAAACAUUCAAACAGAAAUUAUCGAGGAAAUUGCCCUCUUCUCAGGAAAAUGUCUGUUUAGCUGUACAAGACUCAGGAUUAUACGCUAUCGGUUGUAGAUCAUAUACCUUGCUGUUAGACUGUCGAACUUUGCAGGCUGUGAGGAAGGUGUCGUCUAGGUAUUCCGGAUGCGGAAUACGAUCAGCCAGCUUUCAGGGAGAUGUCCUUACGGUAGGUACCGGUUUGGGUACGCUGAUGUUCUAUGACCUUAAAGCCGGUAAAUACCUGGAAUCUAGCAUAAAUUCGUCGAGGACGGUCGUACUUAAAGCAAGUAAAGGUUACGUGUUUCCAGAUGAGGAGUUUGUCGACAACAUACAAAAUAUAAAAUACGUUCCUGCGAUCUACACACAUUGCUACGACACCAGCGGCACUAGAUUAUUCACGGCAGGCGGGCCUCUACCCGCCACAUUAACGGGCAACUACGCGGGUCUAUGGCAGUGAAAUUAGGUGAUUUUAAUUAUGAUUGCGAAUGGAAUUCGGUUGGUUUCUUACGUACCACGAGUGAAGCGUGAAUGAUUGUAGUAAGCAGAGCAUUUAUUAAUUUGUACAGUACGAUAACAGAUUUAUAUGACAGACCUGAAAAAAGAUUUGUGGCCACCGAUUUCUUCCAGCUACUGAUUAUAUGCACAAAAAGUGUAAGUUGACAAAAUUUUGAA